AUGGAAGAACGUAAUCAACUUAGUUGGCAAAAGGCGGUAGAAUAUUCUGGUUACAAUUUUUUUUCAGAUUGGGAUUUCUUUACUGGUCAAGAUCCAAGUCAUGGUCUGGUCAACUACACCGACGCAACGACUGCAUUUGAUGACGGACUGGCUUUUUGGACUAACACUGGUGUUCCAGGUAUUCAAGUCGACCAUUGGACCAAACUCCCUUCUGGUACACCACGGAAUUCCGUCCGUAUGAACACUAGAGAUAUCUUCUCCGGCGGUUUGUUCAUCAUAGAUCUACAAGUGAUGCCAUUCGGUUGUGGUGUUUGGCCAGCUUUCUGGACAUUGGGAUACGAAGGAUCUUGGCCUGACAACGGGGAGAUUGACAUUCUCGAAGGUAUCAUGUCGAACAACAACAAACAUACAACAGCGGGUUGUCAAUUGGACCAGUCCCCCGGGUUGUUCACGGGUACGGUUGGAAACACAAAUUGUGACUCCAGCUCCGGUGGGACAGGUUGUUCCAUCAUCUCCGACUCCACAUCAUCCUACGGUCAACCAUUCAACAACGAUGGCGGUGGAGUGUUCGCUAUGAAGUGGGAUGGGAGUGGUAUCUCCAUUUGGAAUUGGAAUCGUUGGGAUAUCCCACAAGAUAUAACCAACCAAAACCCUGAUCCUACGACUUGGGGUUUACCGGCUGCCGAGUUUAGCGGGAAUUCAUGUGAUAUGGGACGUUAUUUUCAAGCUCAAGUUUUGAUCCUCAACAUUGAUCUUUGUGGUGAUUGGGCAGGCGGAGUGUAUUCUACUUAUUCUUAUUGUCCUGGAACAUGUGCCGACUUUAUCGCCAACCCCUCAAAUUUAGAUACCGCGGUCAUGCUCAUCAAUUACAUUAGAGUGUACCAACAGGGAGCUACCAGUCCCGUCUCCGCUCAAGCUGAUAAGACCAACAACCUGACUGGUGCAGGAGGAGCCGUAGCCGGUCCAUCAUCCGCCCAUCCAUCUUUACGUUUGUCUCUCAUACCCCUCAUCAUCGCCUCUUUCAGUUUUCUUCUCAGUAUGGCAUUCUUGGCGUGA